GUUAUAAGCUUGAUUAUGUUGAGUGGAUGAUAACUGAAAUUUAUGACCCUAUUGUUGCAUCAAAGUUAGUUGAUAAUGUGAAGGUAGCUUUGAAUGCUUUGUAUGAGGAGUAUCGUGUUUCUUCUGGUAAUGAUGUGAAUAGGGAGGAAGUGUCUUCAAGUAAGGAUGGCAAAACUCCAUUGAGUCCCAAACAUAAAAAGAUUGAAGUCUUAAAGAGUAAGUAUAAGAAACACAAGUGUGAGAGAGAUGGAGAUGCAAAAAUAGAGUUAGACAAAUAUUUGGAGGAGGAUACAGCGGAGGAUAUUGAUGAAUUUGACAUUUUGAGCUGGUGGAAGUUCAAUUGUUCAAGGUUUCCUACUGUGGGGAGAAUUGCCCGUGAUGUUCUUGUUGUCCCUGUUUCGACAGUAGCUUCUGAGAGUGCAUUCAGCACUGGGGGCAGGGUUCUAGAUCAGUUUAGGAGCUCAUUAACUCCUCGAGUUGUAGAAGGUCUUGUUUGUGCUCAAAAUUGGUUACGUGCUUCACCAUUUCCAAGUAUUGAAGAAUUUUUAGAGGAAGUUGAGCUUCUUGAAGAGGACUUGAAGAAUAUGGCAGUUGGUGAUGCUGAUAUUGAUGAAGUGCUUGAAAUAAUAGACUGAUGUGGCUC